UAAAGUAUAAACACGGACCGAGUAGAGAACAAAACGAACAAAAUAUUAGACAGUUUUGCAAAUAUGUUCAAACAUUGAACCGUCACAAUAUUUAGUUAAAAUGAUCAUUUGUCGUGUGUGUUUGGAUAACAGCGAGCAAUUGAUUCCACUGCAAUCGGAUAACAUUGAAGCAUUGCCCAUAGUUCAUAUGUUGAAGGAGUUCACAAUAAUUAACCUGGAACAUCAACUGCCAAAGUACAUUUGUGAGCCAUGCUCUGGACAGCUGGACAUUGCAUAUGCAUUUAAAAGAAAGUAUGAAGAUUCAAUAGUCAAAUUUGUGCGUCAGAUGUCGGAUCCAAUCGAAAAAGAAGAAUUCACGACAAGUGAAAGCAGCAGCACCAUGACUGAAGAUGUACCUGACAUUAAACCACAUGAAACAAUGAAUUUUAACUACCCGGAGAUGAAUUGUUUCACUGUUACGGAGGAAAUAACUGUUGAGGACAGUAAAGUUAAAGUCUCACCACAAUUACUUUCAUUGAUGGAUGAUUUACGACCAUCUGAUGUGGGGAGGUUGACUUCAGAUGAGAGUACCGAUGAGACACAAUAUGAGGCGGCGGACCACUCUAGCACAGGUAAUGACAGUGACGAGAUUUAUCGGUUAUUGCCGCAAGCCGUUUUAAAUAAAAUAUACAAAUGCCACUAUGGUCGUGGCACGAAACCAUUCAAAUGUGACGUGUGUUAUAGAUGGUUCAAAACGAAGGGCCAUAUCAAAGCUCAUCGAAUGCGACAUAUCGAAAGAGAGAACCGAAUUAAAUGCAACAAAUGCUUGCUGAUGUUUUUAACGAAGCCUCACUUCAAUAAGCACAGAUGCUGCACCAAAUCAAAGGUUGUAAGUGUCGAUGAAUCUAUUGGGACUCUGAAAGUAGCUUCUACGAUCAAUUAAAAAAAUUAACGAGUUCGAGGGACGAGAGAAUAUUCCAAAAAAAAUUUGGCUUUCAGCCUUUUCUAAAAAUGUAAUCUGAACGAAAUAUAAAAAAGAGU